AUGAGUUUGAAGAAAAUCAUUGAUGUCGCUUCAGUAAACAAUCUUCUCAAAAAGGGAAUUAUAAACAAAGAAGGAGUCCGUCUUUUGGAUUGCUCAUGCAGUAUCUCAUCAUUUCCCGAUUGGAAAAAAUAUGAAAAGGAGUGCUAUGGAAAGUUUGAAAUGCUUAUCAAUCGACCAAGCCCUUCGCGAGAUUUGUAUCUUUCCGGCCAUAUUCCAGAAGCUGCUCACAUUGAUUUGAACAUUGCUAUGUAUCCGUCAAAGUUUCAAAAGUUGACUCAAUAUUCUCCCGAAGUUUUUGAAAAAUACGCGCAGUUAAUCGGUCUAAAUUCUGGAGAACACUUCAUCUUUUAUUCAAGAGGUGCGCAAGGUGGAAUGAUGUUUGGUGCAAAACUUGCAUGGCUCUUCAAGUCUUAUGGCCAUGAAAAAAUUUCUCUCAUUGAUGGUGGGUUUGAUGCGUGGAAUCAAGCAAAAUAUGAUAUUUCAACUGAUGAUGUUCGAUUACCGAAAGGCAACUGGAAGGCCAGUGAUGCAAUUAAAGAACAUGUUGUCACUUUCGAGGAGCUUGAAGACAAAAAUGGCUGCGAAAAACAACUAAUUGAAAAAACAGAUGAGAUUAACUUUUUGGAUGCCCGUAUUCGUGGACAGUUCAAUGGAACCGAGGAUACCGGAUUAGAUCCUCACAGGGUUAACGGAACUCGCAUUAAAGGCUUCAAAAACUGUCCGAGCGCUGAGUUAGUAGACAGUAACGGAUUGUUAAAAAAAGAAAAGGAAAUUGAAGCCUGGCUCAAUGAAAAUGGAUACACUCAAAAUCAAAAAGUUAUCACCCAUUGUAACACUGGAGUUCAAGCAUCUUUCCUUGCUUACACAUUAGAUGCGCUUAAACCUGACUUAAAACCAAGAGUAUACAAUGGAUCAUUGAAAGAGAUGGAGCUGCGUGAUCCUAAGAAAAUAUCAGAAGGUCCUCAACACUUACCAUAUUAA